AUCUGACGUGCCGCGGCUGUGCCCGAUUUUACUUAGCUUGUUGCGUUGCUGGUGCAGGUCAUCGUUGGGCUGAUCCUGGCGGCUCCCAUUUGAAUGACAAGCCGAUUGACAGUCAUCGAAGGCAGUCUUCAACAGCCCCUUCAACAGGCACAUCCAAUUGUAUCCAGCGAUGCAUUGAUAUACUUCGCGAAGUGCGUCUUGAACACGGGCACAGCGGCGCGGCAAUUGGGGGGGGCGCUUGUGUUCUUGGUGGAGCCACUUUGAGUACCUGCAUGUCAUCGCCACGUCUGCCUUCAAGAUCUGCAUGUCUCUCGCCAUUGUUGUCUGCAUGUUUUUGAAACUCUCGCGGUGUGCUUCUCGCAAACACUCGUGCUGUGCACCUCUCUGUGACGCAUAAUUAAACCACCGCUUCGGACGCUGCUUUCGACCCCCGCCCAAUUCGCGGCCCGGGGUGCCCACGCAGUGGGUGCCCCUUACUCGGAAUCUCUACCCCGUCCGGCGUUCGCUUUAUUUCGCGAAGCUUGCGCGAAUCUGGCACAGAUGAACGGAGGGGGUGAGGCAUCUGGAGGCGGCGAAGCCAGCAGCCACCGCACUGUCCUGGAUGCAAUCCACCAGAUGGAGCACAAAGUUCUCACUGCCAUCCAGCAACUCGAGGUAAGACAGGCCCGGAACAGGCAGGCAGGCAGGCAGGCAGUCAGGCAGGCAGGCAGGGACCAGCUAAUGCACACAGCAUUCCGCCUGUGCAUGUGUGUGUGUGUGUGUGUGUGUGUGCAGGAGCGUCUAUCGCGCCUCGAGAGUAGCGUGACGUCUGCGGCUGUGUCAGGUGCCAACCCGUCCGCUGCUCUGUCGGACAGCACUUCCAAGCCACCUGCCCGCUCCAGGGGUGAUUUGGUAGUGCCGCCCGCCCCUCGGCCAGUUACUGGCCGCACCGCUGGCACCCCCGGUGUGCAGGAUGGGGCGCCGCGUGCCCCUUCGGCCAUCGACACCACGGCGCGGCUCAUGGAGGAGGACCGACGACGGGCGGAAGAGGUGCGGUGCGCCUGGCUGGGCAGACGACACAGACAGACAAACAGACAGACAGAGAGUGCGGGAGGCAGGGAAACGACAGGCAUGCACACGACAGAAAUUCUCCCUCCCUCCCUCCCUCCCUCCCUCCCUCCGUCCCUGCCUUCAGGCCAAGUUGCGUGAGGAGCAGGCGCGGAAGCACAGGGAGAUGGAGGAGGCCCGGAAGCGACAGGAGCAGGAACAGAAACAACGGUGGGUGACCAUGAACCGACCGAAUCAACACACACACACACACACACACACGCACACUGUGCACCGGUGGAUACCGCCCUGCCUUUGUUCAUGUCCAUCCAUCUAUGAGCAUCUGUACUCAUACUUGCUGCACUGCAGUGAGGAGGAGGAGAAGGCCAAGAAGCGUGCACUGCUCGACGAGAAACGGAAAGCCCUCCUCGGUGAGCAGCUCUUCGCACACAAUGAGUGUUUCUUUGGUGGAUGGAUGGAUGUUUGUUUGGCAGGCACCCUGGUGCAGGAUGGUCCGACGAAUAGCAAGGUGGGCGGAGCGGGGCUGUUUGACUGACUAGCGCAGCUGACAAAUGACAGCAAAGGGCAGGCGGAAACAGAACGUGUAGCAGGCAAUGCAUCGUAGCUGCAUCGAGUAGGGCGGGCAAAGCGGCGAUGGCCAUCCAGAGCCAGUCAGCCAGUCUCAUGAAUCAAAGCAGUGAGUGCAUGGCAAGCUUCAUGUAUGAGGCAUAUGUGUGUACAUGUCCUGUGUCUGUUCAUGGGACCAUGACAUUUCCUCGUGUCUGCGUGGCGCGUGUGGGGGACCAGCUCAAUUUUUGUGUUUGUGUGCAAGGAGUAGUCAAUCGCUUCCUUCCUCCACUUUACAGCUCGCAAUCCUCCAGGGGAAUUUCGUCGAUAUGAUGUCGAGGCUCCUGGGCAAGAGGCCCUCUGUGUGUGGCAUUGCGUCUGCCUUUUGCUGCCAGCCCGGCGUUGGGCGGUGCGCCCCCCCGCUCUUUUCCAGCAGCGUCCGUCGCCUGCACACAACGCCACCCGCACGCGGCACCGAGGUGGGUGGUGGGUGGGCCAUGCGGGAAGGACAAUACACAACCAGUGUGCCACCCCCGCACACAACACACCCCUCGCUGAAUACAGCUGUUUGGCUGAUGAAUUUGUGUGUGUGCAGGUCUACCAUGCUGGUGCGCAGACAGACAAUAAAUCAGACGAGGCCACUCACUGAUGUCAUCCAUGGAUGCUAUGACGCCUCACGGGGCUCGGGCUGCCACGCACAGAAGUACACAUCCAGUUGCUGUGGUGUGAUGUGGUGUGUGUGUUGUGUGCGUCAGGUUUGAUAACGACCGAGUUCACAACGUCUCUGAACAUCAGCAAGCAGUCGCAGGUGAUUCCGAUUUUCCGUGUGCUCAACUACGAUGGUGAGUUGGAUGCGGGAUGGGAGCUGCCGUUCAGCAAGGAGGAGAUGCUGGACAAGUACAAGUUCAUGGUUCGCCUGUCGGUCUGGGACGACAUGAUGUACAACAUACAGAGGCAGGGACGAAUCUCUUUCUACAUACAAAACAUGGGAGAGGUCAGUACGUGAGGAGGGGAGGAGGCAGGGGAACACACUCCACUCCACUCCACACUUCACACAACCCCACAUGCACACGCACAUGCGCCGACAGAUAGAGAGAUAGAAGGAAGGAAGGCUUCAGCGGGAGUCGCACACACAGUUGCAACCAGAUCGCCCACGAUGCCAACACAAGUGCACAUGCAGACCCACUUGCGGCACUGUGGCCUGUCUGUCUGUCUGUCUUUCUGCAUGUGUGUGUGUGUGCAGGAGGCGGCGCAGACGGGCAGCGGGUCGGCGUUGUCGAUUGAUGACCACCUAUGGUGUCAGUACCGCGAGCUCGGGGUGCUCAUGUGGCGGGGAUUCACACUCGAAGACGCACUCGACCAGUGCUUCAGGUAGUUACCGAGGGAUAUCUGGUCGAGGGUAUAUCAUGUCAAUGGACUGCAUGCGUGUGUGUGUGUCCGUGCGUGUGAACAUUAACUACAUUUGUGGUCGGUGGUCCAUCCAUCCAUCCAGCACCAAGGGGGAUGAGGGCAAGGGUCGUCAGAUGCCCAUCUCAUACACCAAGAAGGACAUCAACCUGCAAACUAUAUCCACACCCCUCACCACACAGGUAUAUAUGUAUGUAUCAACACAACACAACCAACGACGGACGGACGGACUGCCAUCACUCCACACAAGGCACGCAGUUAUGUGAAUCUUCUGUGUGUGGGUGGCUCUAUCUGCCGUGUGUACAGGUUCCCCAUGCUGCUGGGAGCGGCUAUGCGUUUAAGUUGGCUGGUGAGAAGAGAUGUUCGGUCGCAUACUUCGGGGAAGGUAAGGACCGAGGGGAGGGACCGCGAUGGACCGCACUCGAUGGAUAUCCCCCCGGCACGUGUUGGUCCGUCCGUCCGUCCGUCCGUCUUUUGAUUCAGGUGCCGCCUCAGAGGGUGACUUCCAUGCUGCCCUCAACUUCGCCUCGGUGCUCAAGUCGCAAACCAUUUUCAUCUGCAGGUCUGGCGGGGGAAGGGGACGGAAGGCGACAAACGAAAUCUGGCUCCUCUGCGCACUGACCGGCAUCCUGGGUUCGGUACGUGCAUUGAUUGCAUGUGGUGUGCAGAAACAACGGCUAUGCCAUCAGUACGCCUGUGAAGGUGAGCAUCUAGUACAUACAUACCACUGAUACCUGCACAGACACAUCCUACACAUACAUACAUACAUAUCCGUAUGUAUGUGUCCCCGCCCACCGCCUGUGUGUGUCAGGAUCAAUACGCGGGCGACGGUAUCGCCAUCCGUGGCCUGGCCUACGGCAUGCAGACAUGCAGGUCGGUUGGUCCAGGGGGAACGGAUGGCUAGGCAGCGUAGCCACACAUUGGAUGGCUGGGCUAGGUGAGAUGUAUGUGUGUAUGUGUUGUGUUGUGUUGUGUUAGGAUUGACGGCAACGACCUUGUGGCCGUGUACAUCGCGACCAAGAAGGCCCGUGAGAUCUGUGUCAACAACUCGGAGCCCGUGCUGCUCGAAUUCAUGACGUACCGGUAGGUUGCCGCACCGCAUCCACCGGGUGGAUAUCUAUGCACCAUCCCAUCCAUAUGGAUGAAUGAAUGUGGGUCCGUGGAUGGGAUGUGGGUAUGUAUGUAUGUCAGCAUGGGGCACCAUUCAACUUCGGACGAUUCGGCUCAGUAUCGCCCUGAGGGAGAGUUUGAGGCGUGGAACCAGCCAGGAAUCAACCCAAUCGGUACGUCACGUCCAUCAAACUGGCUCGACUCGAUUGCAUUGCAUCGCUGCCCUUGAUAUAUUGUGGUUGGUCAACCAAUCUCGAUACACGUGCAGCUCGAGUGCGCAAGUUCCUGGUCAACGCCGGCAUGUGGGACGCCGACCAAGACGCGGUCAGUCUGUCAGUCAGCUCAGUGCACCCCACCCCUUGAUGUGCUGAUGUUUCCUGGAGAGACAGACAGGCGAAGAGCAGGUCGAUCGGUUUGCUGUUUCUGCUGUCGCUGUCCGGUUGUGGUGGUGCGUGCAGGAGUUGCGCCGGGAGGCCAAGAGCACCAUGAUUGCCGAAAUGAAGAAGGGGGAGAAGAAGAAACGGGUAAGUGGGGCACGGGAUAGACAGACAGACAGACGGACAAACAGACCGACACGCACGCGUUCAUCAUGCAAUGCAUGCAUUGCCGGCUGGCUGCUACAUGGAUGUGUUCCCGCUGUGUACGAAUCCAGUAUCCGAUCAUCCCUGGUGUGUUUGAUGACGUGUACGACCAACGCCCGUGGAAUCUGGUACGCGUCUGCACUGCACUGCACUGCACUGCAUCACACACAACAGCCGCUUACCGUUCCUCACUCUGUGUGCGUAUGUAUGCCUUGUGACCAUCUGUCCGUCCGUCCCUCCCUGCCAGGAGGAGCAGGCCGAGUCGAUGCAGGCUCAUCUCGCCAAGUACCCCCAGCAGUAUGACCAGACCCAGUACGAGAGCUCGGCCUAGCGCAACCCGCACACAGUCAUUCACGCCGAUUCCGAUUUAGUGCGCGGUGCAUGGAUGGAUGGAUG